GUGAGGUAAGCUUUCCUACUUUCAGUCUUUCUAAUGAUUUAUACCUCUUGCCAAAUACUUUUUUUGCAGGCACACGAGGGGAAAAAAACUGUUGUGACUUACUAGGGGUGUGGAGCGGGAAAACGAAUCCCAGUUACCAUUUCUAUAGGGAAAAUCAAGAGCAAUUCAGAUUUUCAUGUAUUUUGUCUAGUCAAAAAGACAUUUAUUUUUGCCCUACAACUGAAUUUUAGCUAACGUUAAUCGGGAAAAAUGUAUGUUUUUUGCAAGACGAGAAGACAAGGCGCUAAGACAAAUACAUGUUUGCAGCAUUUCGGAUAAUUAUGUUAUUGUGAGUGGAUAAACAGAGACUACACAUGCUUGAAGAGUAAAGGGAGGAGAUGAGGAGAUCAGAUUGGAGCAGGGCGGCGCUUUAUGCUCCUGCGGGAUUCUUCCUGCGCCCUAGAGAGAGCGAAAGUUCAGAGCAAGAGGCAGAAGUGCACUAAAUAAAGUCUAAACAGAUUCAACUGAAACAUUCGCGCGAAUCUGUCCGGAGGCGCGCGGACACAUCUGUCUUCAGCACGGGUGCGCGCGCGUCUGGAUGCGGUUAGUUCUGUGGAAAUACUUUCUUGCUCAAGAAUUUAUGGAUGAAACACAAACCCAAAGUGCAAGGUAAAAAAGUGGAAGUUGUGUGUGCGAUUUGAAGAUGCGCUGGGUCUGCUCCUGCGCGCUGUUGCUGAUGGUGCUGGAUAACGCUGUGACCGUGCCUGCGUGGACAAAACACACGGUGGCCAGUAUUCAGCUGCAUAAGCCAUGUGUGCAGGUACCGGCACCUGCGGACACGAGGUCUCAUCGAGGUCCGGCCCGAUCCAAGCGCUAUGCCAUCAACCCACUGGGAUACAAGUGGGAGCAUUUCAACGUCACUUACAAGAUCACGAAGUUCCCCAACACACUGAAUAAAGAUGAUACCCGCAAAGCUAUCAGCAUCGCCUUCACGAAAUGGAGCGAUGUUUCUCCUCUGACUUUCACUGAAAUCACCAACCCCAACAAAAGUGCUGACAUCACUAUAGGGUUCUACACGUACAAUCACACCGAUUGUUGGUGGUCUCCGUUGCACCCGUGUUUUGACGGACUGAACGGUGAGCUGGCCCACGCCUUCCUUCCUCCACGUGGAGAGAUCCACUUUGACAACCAUGAAUUCUGGAUUCUGGGAAAGUCCCGCUUCAGCUGGAAACAAGGUGUGUGGCUGAAUGACCUGGUUCAGGUAGCUGCUCAUGAAAUCGGUCACGCUUUAGGCCUCUGGCAUUCACAGGACCCUAAUGCAUUAAUGCACCCCAAUGCAACGUACACGGGUCAGCGGAACAUCGCUCAGGAUGAUAUCUGGGGCAUCCAGCGCCUUUAUGGAUGCUUAGACAAGAAGCGUGUGUGUGAUCCUUGGUCCCGGUUGGGUUUCUGUGAGAGGAGACGGAGCUUCAUGAAGAAAAACUGCCCGCAGCGAUGCGACCUGUGCUACGAGCCUCCGGAUGCCGUAUCUACCCCGACCCCUCCUCCUGAAAAUGUGAAGAUCAAAAUUGUGCCUCGUGGAAAAGUUGUGGGCUUCCGCUGUGGGACAAAAAAUACCAGAGUGCCUCCAAAAGUCAGCUGGUAUAAGGAUGGUGAGCAGUUGCUGACAUCCAUUCCUGGCUAUAUUGUAAUUAAAGAUCGGGACCUGCGGCUCGUGGCCAACGAAUUCAAUGAAGGCACGUACACCUGCCGCAUCCAUCGGCGCGGUAACGUGGUCUCUGCCAACUCCUGGGCCAUCCGGCUGAAGCCAGAGCAGUCCUCCAACAACAGCUGAUGGAGUGACUGAAGCUCGACACAUUGACACUUGCUCUACCUCCAGGGCUCAAGACCACUCAGACCUGCUCUCCUCCGCUGCAGCGCACACAUCGCUGUUUGGCGGUCAGAGUCGUAAUGGACGACCUGCACAAGCAGUGGAUCCUGACCUUCGUAACUCUGAGGUCCCGUAUUGUCCAAGACAAUAUUUGGAAGGACCACCAAAUGGAUUUCCUGUUGUACUUCUGCUGCACAACGACAAAGGUGCUUGCUUUUUUUUUAUUAACAUAAAUGCCACUUCUGAGGUAUAAUAAAUAGUUUCAUAGAUGCUUAAAAUUUGCCAUUAUAAACAUUGUAGAUCAAUUGAGGGCAAAACAAAUUCAAAAACAUCUCAAUUUUGUUUGCAAGGGUACAAUUUCAUUCUCUACAGUGAAAAAAGAUCAGUAGUGCAUGUGAAGUCCCUGAUUUUUAGUGGUUUUAAGGGCUGUUCACACCAAGGACUAUAACAAUGUUUUAAUAAUCUUUCUAAUUCUAUGAGAUUAUGAAAUUCCACACCACAGCGAUAACGACACAAGUCAAACUCGAGUCAAGUCCAAUGUAUUUGUAUAGCACUUUUCACAAAUACACAUUGUUUCAAAGCAGCUUUACAGAAAAUCAUGAUGUUAAUGUUUAUAAUAUCUUAAUUUCUUCAUGCCUUGUAUUCGCAUUCAGCAGAUUCCCAGCUAACAGGGAAUGUUCUCAGAACUUUGGCUAAUGUUCUGGCAAGGUUCUCUCAAAGAUAUGAACAAACAUUAUUCCAGUAACAUUAACGUUCAGAGUUAUCUAGUCUUUAGAGGGGACCUAUAAUGCCCCUUUUACAAGAUGUAAUAUAAGUCUCUUAUAAUAUAUAAGCUUCAGCUCAAAAUACUCCACAGAUCAUUUAUUAUAGCUUGUCAAAUUUGCCCCUAUUUGGGUGUGAGCAAAAAAACCAUUUUUGUGUGUGUCCCUUUAAAUGCAAAUGAGCUGCUGUUCCCGGCCCCCUUUCAAGAAGAGGGCGGAGCUUUAACAGCUCACGCAUCGGUUGCUCAACAACAACAAAGCUGGAGAAUCUCACUCAGACAAAAUGAGGAUUGUCAGUAACGUGUUCAGCCUUACAUUGUUCAAACCGGAGUCGACACUGAUGGAGAGACUCAGGAAGAAGUUUUAGAAUGCAACUGGACAUUUCUGAACAGUGUUGAAUUGACCCUCAUUUGUGAAGCAGUCCGGUGUAAAAUGACGGCAUGGCAACAACACUCUACUACAACAACUACAUCCUCUUCUCUAAAGCAUCCCAACAUGGCCUCGCCCCCUUUGUUGUGUGUUCUCAGGGGUGGGGUUUAUGUAAAUUUUAUGGUUAGUGAUGUCAGAAGCUCGUUGUAGUCCCUACCAGCCAUUUGUUGUAGUCCUUAAACAGCGAAUUCUUUAAAAGAAAAUAUCUCCCUUUGCAUUGAACUUUGAGCGUCAUAACUUUGCAGAUGUUGUUUAUGCUCAAACAGCAACAUUACACACUAACUAAAGUAAAAAACUGAAAUCAUAAUCAAGGACCUCCGUAAUAACGUUAUAAAAAAACAUUAGCACAAAACAUUUAUACAUCAUUCAUUUUUUUUUUUCCUUAAAUGUUUUACUUGGCUGUUUAUUCAACAUUUUGUAAAUGUAACUACUUGUUUCAGAAUGUUUAGAGAACAUUCAAAAGUAGCAUUUCCAUAAUGUUUGCGUUAUGAUAAAAUAACGCAAACAUUCAGAUAACCAAGAAAAAAACAUUUUAAAAACAGGACGUUUUGAAUGUUCAGAACAUUCAGAAAUAACGUUUUCAUAACUUAAUGGGAACGUUAGUAAAAUGAUUUUAGAUUUUUUUUUUUUUUUACAUUUUGCAAUGAUACAAGCAAUCAAGCAGGUGAGAUUUGUUAUAUACUCUAUAUCGUAAGUGUACUGUGUGUAUGUGGAUAAAGUUAGAGAUACUAAAAUCAUUUAUAACUUUACACAAAGGUACAAUAUAAUUGGAAUCAUUCAGGUUUUUUUUUUCUAGCUGAUGAAUGAUAAAAACUUUGACAGCCAAUCAGAAUCCACCUGACUUUAAAGAGCUGGAGCAUUUAAAGCGGCAGAUGACAAAACUGCACAGCACUUACAAUAAACAGAAUGUUGGUGUGGAUGCCAAUAUAGUUAUCGUUCUUGGUGUGAAUGGGCCUUUAACCUUUUAUUUGUUGAUUAUUUUAUUAUUAUUAUUUCGUUUAUUUCAUUUAAAUGAAAGUUGUGUUGCGGCCCUUGUUGAAGUUCACUCACGGCCUCUAUGAAGUCCUUCAGUUGAGAAGCACUUCGAGGCAGAUGUGGAUCUGUGAAUGGAAGAUCCUACUAUGUCACAGACUCAUAAAAUUGUGAAGGGCAUGUCAUCUACAGUAGGAAGUAUGGCCUUGUUUACAUGCGCUGCAUGAUUCCUACUGUACACACAGGGCGACUGACGUGAUGCAGCUGCUAGAACUAGUGAUAGAAUUUGGAAAGCAUAAAUGUAAUUUGAACUAUCAUGUGUCUGUAACUGAUGUUGACUGUAUCUGAUGUUAUGUCCAUUUAACUAUUCAGAAAUGACAGGUUAGUGUUAGUUUUUUUUAAUCAUCUUUUUCUAAAAGCUUAUAUUGUUGGACAUUAAAGGUUCAUAGUGUGUGUCUUUUAGUCCUUGUGAAUGAGUAACACACCACAAGACAAAUGUAUUCUUCUUUCAACAUGGUUUAGUGAUUCACUGGCAUUAUUGUUCACAGUUCUUUUGAUUCCCAAUGAUCAUCUAAAACAAAUCAAAUCUUAAUCAUGUUCCUGACAACAGCCAUCUUUUUGCUGGCAAACAUGUACAGUAAUCCUACUGUCGUCUUCCUGUCCUAUGCAAACUUGUAAACAAACAGGUCCUCGUAGCCUUUCGCAUUAACACUGUUCCUUCACUGGGCUUGGGUAAUGUAAACAUUCAGCAGGCAAAUCCUUUCCAAAAAGGCUGGGACCCGUGCCACAGAAUAGCACAGGGUUUAAAUGGAGGUGCCAGACGGCAUCACUGCCAGGCCUCAAAAUUAUUACUUCACAUCAGAGUCUGAGAGAGAAGUUCAUAUGAGGAGAAACAGCUAAUGAACUUCAGCAGAAACAUAAAAAAAUCAGAAACACAAAUUGAUGUUCUAAACGUACAAGUGAAAAGUAAAAGUAGACUUUGAGACUAAAUACAGUGAGAAAUAACCAUACAGAGACGACUGAUCCCGGGAUCCCUCCCUCAUCCCGGAAUUAGUCUCAAAUUUGGCCCCUGUUUCCAGUAUGAAAAGAUCUAGACAAUGAAGGCAGGUGAGGGUGAGUUUUAUGCACAACCGAGAAUGAGAUUAUGUGCAAACAGACCAAAAAAAAGAAAAAAAGAAAAGAGAGAA